ACUGAUGAGAGAAAGAAGAAAAUAUACACAAAAAUAGACCAAGACAGGAGUCACAAGGUACUAAGGAAGAGAGAGAUGUGAGAAAGAGAGAGGGAGUAACAGAUAGAGAAGCAGAAAGCAUGUGGCGCACAGACAGAGGAGAGGAGAGAGUGAGAGCGCUCUCUCACCUCUUCCCCACAGACAGCAGCUAAUGAACUAAGAGAGCGAGAGACGGCACGUAUAAAACUAGCGGAUACGCUACCUGAGGAAACUUUCUGACACACAAGAGAUUCUGUCAGAAAAGAUCACUGGGUUGCACACGGGGAAAAAAAAUAAAAAGCUCAGCUGGAAGACGUGCUUCUCUCGUGGAGAAAGACGUAAAAACUGAGACAAUGGGAGACUGAGAGGGACACUCUUUUGACCUCUGAUGCGCUGACACCUUUGGGAUGGGAGAGUGCGUUUAAUGGAUUUCUGACAUUUUCCUGUGACAGUUUUCAGAUCACAUGAAUGAAGCGUUAACUCUAUCAACAUGGCCGCUGUGUACCUUUACGGAGAGAAACGACACUUCCAGAAUGUGAUUAGAAGCCUCUCAGACGCAAGACAUGUCUACAAACUACACAGUCCCCAAAAGACCUGUCUGUUUAUGACGGUUUCAAGAUGUUGAAUCCGGGUUGGCGGCUGAACUUUGGGGCACCAUGGCCAAUGUGACACCCAGUAUAGAUCCAGCGGUGGCCCUCGAGGGGUACAACUACUUCGCGUUGAUAUGCGGCGUGCCUCUCAUCCUCAUCAUCAUCUUGGGGAACAUCCUAGUGUGUCUCAGUGUGUUGACUGAACGCUCCCUCAAAACCGCAACUAACUACUUUAUCGUCAGUCUGGCCGUGGCCGACCUCCUGCUGGCCGUGCUGGUCCUCCCGCUCUACGUCUACUCUGAGUUCCUGGGAGGCAUUUGGACACUGAGUAUGUACAUCUGUGAUGCCCUAAUGACCAUGGACGUGAUGCUCUGCACUGCUUCCAUUUUGAAUCUAUGUGCAAUUAGUGUGGACAGGUACAUUGCAGUGGUGGUCCCUCUGAAGUACAACAGAAACCAGUUUAGUGUUCGACAGUUGGUCUUGAUCACAGCCACCUGGGUGCUUUCCUUUGGCGUAGCCAGUCCUGUCAUAUUCGGCUUGAACCAGGUUCCCAACAGGAAUCCUCAAGUGUGUAAGCUGGAGGACAACCAGUUUGUGGUCUACUCCUCCAUCUGCUCCUUCUUCGUCCCCUGCCCUGUCAUGCUCCUCUUGUACUACUGGAUGUUCAGAGGACUAAAGCGAUGGAGCUCUGGUCGUAGCCGCUCGCACCUCCACCGGGCACCCAGAGGGCGUAGGAGCCUGUCUUUGCGUCUGGGAGCAGCUCUACAGAAGGAGAAGGGACGGGCGAGGGAGAAGGUGGUGUACCUCAUGCCUGCAGGUCUCAGUCCGACAUCUCUCACCGCUACCCCGACUACUCCUGCUUCCUCAGCCAGUCCGGUUACCAUUACCACAGACGAGCUGGCAGAAGGUCAGAUGCCGGCAGCAGAGAGUGACCCCAUGACCACUCAGAUGGACAGUGUCUCGGACGCAGAGAACCCUGAUCGGGCCACUGAGGAUGGGAGCGGCCGGGAGAACGGUGUGGGGAAGAACCAUCGGUCUCAUGCGGGACGCCGCCACAGCAAGAGCAACAGGGUGAGCGGACGGGAGCGGAAGGCAAUGAAGGUGCUGCCCGUGGUUGUGGGUGUUUUUCUGGCCUGCUGGACUCCUUUCUUUGUGGUCCAUGUGACUAAGGCGCUGUGUGAGUCAUGUGACAUUGGGCCAACGCUGAUCAGUGUGGUCACAUGGCUUGGUUAUGUGAACAGUGCCGUCAACCCCAUCAUCUACACUGCCUUCAACGUGGAGUUCAGGAAGGUCUUUCAAAAACUGCUCUUCUGUCGCUCCUGAGACCGAACGCAUUUUGUAGUGCAAGGCUAAAUCCAUGAUGAUAUUAAAUCACUCAAACAAUGAUGAUUAAAAAAAAAUACCAGGAUGAUCUGAGGACAAGCGAAUGAAUGCUAAAAGGAAUUUGAACGUUACAAUGGAUUACCGAAAGGAACGAAUGGACAUAGACCGGAAUGUACCUGGAAUGAGGAAAACUUGUGUUGCCUUAGUUAACCGAACAUUUAUGUUCUUGUAAAAUGAUUGCUUGAACACUAUACAGUAGAUAACAGAAUACUGUUGAUUUCAUAGCCCAGAGGCAUAAAAUAUGUGAAAACGUCCACACUGAAGAUAGCAGUGUGUUUAAUUUAUUGGUAUCUGUGUUGAUUUAAAUGGAUUCUCUAAGGUUUUUUUUGUUUUGAAAAUAUAUGCAGAUUGAACAGGCAGCAUUUUUCAUAAUUUA